AUGCCUAUUAUCCAGGUGACCCCCGAAGAAGAUGUUCUUCUUCAGGGGAUUGCCAAUGCCAUUUUCAAGGCUCGGAAGGUCGUCGUCGUAACCGGCGCCGGCAUCAGCACCAAUUCCGGCAUACCUGACUUUCGAAGCGAGAACGGUCUUUACUCCCUCGCCCAGGCUCAUUACGACGCUGUGAGUAGGGAACGUGCGGAAAGAGCGAGACGUCUUUCGUCGUCGAAUUCCAGCAUCGCCGAUCAAGAAGAACGACCUCAAAAACGGCGGAAGCUUUCCUUCGAGGAUUCUGGAAUCUGUCUCCCCAGCGAAUCCUCGCAAAUAACGAGCGAUGAGGAGAUCAGUGGUUCCGGCAAAGAGAAGGCACACUCCGGGGAGAAGACCGAGGAUUCGACAGAUGGCCCUCGCGCCGCCGCAAGACCAGGCAAGGGGGGUGAAGUCGACGAGAGCCCCGAUGAGCCGCCGAUUUGCAGCACCGGAAAACCAGGGACGCCAAUCGAGUCGCUGCGACGAUCUAGGAGAGCGCAGUCGUUACCUCCGACAGAGCACCCGCCACAAGAUUUCCCAAGAGACCUCUUCGACGUCAAUGUUCUCCGUGACGACACGAAAACAUCAGUAUUUUACACUUUCAUCACGACUCUACGAAAAAAGGCCAAGGACGUCCAACCCACGAAGUCGCAUCACUUCAUCGAACAUCUCCGAAAUCGCGGAAAGCUCGUCCGAUGCUACUCGCAAAACAUCGACCUGCUAGAGGAAAAGGUGGGCCUAUCAACCUCACUCCAAGAAGGCCCAGGACAUCGCGGAAGGUUCUCCAGAAAGUCCACGGCGGCAACGACAGCAUCAACAACGCCAUCCAACUCGGUCGGCAGCGAUGAGGUCGGAUCUUCGCCGGUCGGAACUACAGGAGCAAAGAACGACGCAGAUGACAGUGGUACCGUGCGGGGGGAUGCGACUCCAGACACCUCCGGCCCGUCAGAAUCUCAGCCUCAACAGCAAGAGAAGAAAUCGGGCGGUGUAGAAUGUGUUUUACUGCACGGCUCACUCGGGUUCUUACGGUGCCUUUCCUGCCGCAAAAUCUGCGCAUGGGACGAAGAGGGACGUGAGAAUGAGACGCUCAUCGGCAGACAACCCGACUGCCCCCACUGUGCACAUGCGACGGCAGCGAGGGAAGGCAGGGGAAAGAGACGCCUGGGCGUAGGCAAGCUACGGCCAGAUAUUGUCCUCUACGGCGAAGACAACCCAAGCGAAGAGCUCAUAUCUUCGAUUGUUCAACAUGACCUUAGAAUUGGACCCGACCUACUCUUGAUCCUCGGCACCUCUCUCAAGGUACACGGCCUCAAGUCCAUCGUCAGGGAAUUCGCCAAGACGGCACACAGCAGAGGGGGCAAAGUCGUCUUUGUCAACUUCACAAAGCCUUCCGAAAGUUCAUGGGGAGACGUGAUCGACUACUGGGUACAAUGGGAUUGUGACGCUUGGGUGUCUGAUCUCGAGUUCAGAGCUCCCCUGAUGUGGCUUCCUCCAGGCACCAAGCUGCCAAAGAAGAAGAAAGAGAUCACCGAGAAGAGCAAGAAGCGCCGGCGAACUACAGAUGAAAAGCCGGAGCAGAACGCGUCGAAGCCAUGCAAAAAAGCAGGACCAUCACGUUCGCCUAAGGCAACUGCUGAACCCGAGCGACCUCAGCAGACAGAAACCCCGCCAAAACCUGACGCAGAACCGUCACCUGCAUUGAGUACAACUGCCGAGCCUGAGAGAACUACGGAAAUGGAGAGCCCGCCGAAACCUGACGCAGAACCAUCACUUGGGUUGAGUGCAACUGCUGAACCUGAGAGACCUCCGCAGAGGGAGAACCCACCAAACCCUGGCGCAAAUGCGGACCCAGAUACGUCUGCCCUCCCUCUGCAGCCGGAGCGUCAGGGUCAAGAACCUGAACCCGCAAAGACCGAUGAUGUAGCAAACGACGCUGCUAAGGUUGAGCCGAAGCGAGUAAAUCGGGCGGAGCAGGAUUCGAGACCGGACGAAAGGACGCCGCCGAAGGGUCCACUACGCCCGAUGGCAACGCGCGAGGACAAGACCAGCGGCGCCUAUCAUUACCAGAAGAUAAUGGCCCAUUUGAGUCGCAUUACGGGCAAUCAACUUUUGGUCACAUCAUCCCCCGGAGCCAUACAAAACACCGAGCCCAAGCCGAAGAAAUCCAGGAAGUCUGCUCCAGCUUUGUUAUCACAGCCCGCAUUGCCUGUUACUCUUGACAAGGCGCAAGCCUCUCAGGAACCACAUGAUCCACCGGGUGCUUCGCAGCCAGAGGAAACAGAGCAAGAGUUGUCGCAGCCCGAAUUGCCUGUCAGUAUUGACAAUGCACAAGCCUCUCAGGAGCCGCAUGAUCCACAAGAUAGUUCGCAGCCGUGGGAAACGAAGCAAGAGCAGAUUCGGAACCCAAGUAUUGUGGAACAUGUUCCAAUGGCGCAAGUUGAGGCAAGUUCUAUCUUGGACGCCGUCAAGUUGAACCCUCGGAAGCGGAAGCGGAAGACCAUUGAUGGUGUUGAGGUAUCCAUCAUUGGUACGCCGCGGUCAGUCUCUGUUAGCAAGACUACCCCGAGGCCCAGGCCCCAAAAAGCCAAGAAGUUGCAAAGAAAGGAAGAGCCUUUGGCUGCGUCGCCGAAGAUUAUCUCUGAUCUCGAGAGUUCCGCCAUGCACACGCUCAAGCUGGCGCCUCUCCGGAUGGGGCUGCCGAAUUCAACAACUUCGAAACCGCCAGCAAUGGAGCCGCCAAGUUUACCUACGGGUCCUUCGGUGGAGAUGUCACCCAAUUCGCGGAUCCGUCAGAUACCACCCAACUCACGAAUCUGCAUGCAGCAGAAGGCGACACUCGAACAACCAUUUCAGCACUUCGAUGCUCUUAUGAUGCAAUUAUCGCGCGCACCAAACUGGACUCCUCCGCGGGUGCCAUUUAUGCACACCGGUCUUUCUGGAACGAAGACGGAAAUCGCUGCGGCCAUGGUACUGAAGGGAGGGCACAGUCAAACAUUCUUUGGGAGUCAUACUUAA